AUGAGAUUGGCUCCCAUAGCCUCGAUUGUACUCGGCUCCUCAUAUCUGGUUCAUUCACAAUGGACUGUACAGAGGUUUAUGAAAGCAAAGGCGUCACACUCAUUAGAGACACGCGAGGAAUCGCCAGCUUGGGAAGAUGACAAGCUAGUGCCGGACGCAGCAGGAAAUAAAAUGGAUGCUCAAGGAGAAUUUGAUGCUAGUGUAGCGGAGAGUGCGAAGAAGGUAACCGUCAUGUCAAUAAAUGCUGGGGUUAAAUUAGAAACUGGAAUGUUGGAUUCCGACAACUCUCUGGAACAUCUAAAGCAGAUUCUGAAGGAUAAAUCACCAGGGAAAAAAAUUAUCCACAUAGACGCAGAUUCACUCGGUAAUGAUAAUGCUCUAGAAAAGCUGAAGGAUUCUUUAAAGGAUAAAUCGCCAGAAAAUAUACUUGAUGCGGUAAUUGACCUAAUGGAUGGAAAGAAUAAAGUGAUCCCAGAAACUCAAUCGAGCACUGCCUCUCAGACAUAUAUAAGCACCAGCACCCUUUCAAAUCCGACAAUGGCUACAGGAAAUACCAAACCUUCGAUUACCGCUAACAUUACUGGGACUACGAAGCUUCCAAGUGUGUCAGAGUUACCAAGACCGCCAGCUCUAGACGCCGGCCAGCCGAGCUCUAAUUCUACCAACUCGUUCUUAAAUUCGACUAUCAACGGUGAAAUUAAAGGGGGCAAAACUCCCGCCAUUUUAGCGCCAGGAAAUGUAACUGGAAAUAUAACGGCACCUUCCCCUUCUAUAACUCCAAGUGAAAACUCGACAGAAGCUUGUACUUGUUCAUGUCUAUGCGGCCCUGGCUUAAUGUCGUCACUUCCUAUGACAGAAACUGGCAUGUCAAUACCAGGAUCUCCAGAUACAACGGUGAGUGGGAAAGGGAAGCUUCUUCCUGAUGGCGCUUGUGCUUGUUCAUGUUUUUGUGAUGCAGACUCAUUUUCUGGCUCUGAAAUGCAAGAUCCAUCCCUAGCCCCUUCCAGUAAAUCUGAUGGACUAUCAAAACCACCCGCAAUCCCUGACGGGAAACUAGACCCAGAAAACAUGCAAAAACCUCCAGCCAUUCUCACGCCUGUAAUACCUGGAGUAAGGCCAGAUUUAACUUCUGAAGGUCCUGAAAAUUUGUCUGGAGCGCCGUCUGCAAUGCCUGACGGACAAUCAAGUCCUGGAAAUUCACUACAGCCAACUUCAGGAAAUUCUGACAACUUAUCCGAAGCUCCUUCCAUCGUACCUGAAAGAAACUCAACAUCUGGUAAUCCUGAGAACUUACAGGGAGCGCCGUCUGCAGUGCCUGACGGACAAACAAAUUCUGGAGAUUCAUUACAGCCAACUCCAGGAAACUCUGACAACUUAUCCGAAUCUCCUUCCACCGUACCUGAAAGAAACUCAACAUCUGGUAAUCCUGAGAACUUACAGGGAGCGCCGUCUGCAGUGCCUGACGGACAAACAAAUUCUGGAGAUUCAUUACAGCCAACUCCAGGAAACUCUGACAACUUAUCCGAAGCUCCUUCUACCGUACCUGAAAGAAACUCAACAUCUGGUAAUCCUGAGAACUUACAGGGAGCGCCGUCUGCAGUGCCUGAUGGACAAACAAAUUCUGGAGAUUCAUUACAGCCAACUCCAGGAAGCUCUGACAACUUAUCCGAAGCUCCUUCCAUCGUACCUGAAAGAAACUCAACAUCUGGUAAUCCUGAGAACUUACAGGGAGCGCCGUCUGCAGUGCCUGACGGACAAACAAAGCCAACAGUUCCUCAGGUCACACCGAAAUUGCCCACUGAAAAUCCCACUAAACCAUCCGAAGGUCUCGAAAGUUUGCCUGUGUCUGGGUUAAAACCUACACUAGACACUUUGCCCAAAGAAUCUCCAAAAUCGCCGGAAUCCGAGGUGUUACUUCCAGUACCUAAAGUCACGACGUCUAACGAAGAUACGAAGUCGUCAGCGUUGUUUCUUCCUGUACCAAAACUUUCCAAAGGCUCACAAGGAACUGACUCGAAUAAAGCCCUACCUUCAUCUGAAUCAGGACUGUCUGAGGUUAAGCUUCCUCUUGUUAGUACAAAAGGAGGUAAGUCAUCUGGGGUAGGGGAGGCAUUAAAAGACGAAAACUCGCGAAACGCACUCCUUAGUGGUUCAACAAGUUCAGUCGUGCUAGGAGUCAGCCUGACACGAAGAGGAACAGAUAAGAUUCCGAGGAUAGCGAGAUAUUUUAGGAUUAGAAAAUGA